AUUACUUCCACAAUUUAUGCACCUUCGAAAAGCUCCACACACACACACACACACACACACAGCAAAUAAAUGAUGCUCAAUAGGAGCAUGUUUCUUCAAUGUUUUGAAUAACAAAUUCUCAAUUUUUUUCCUUGAAAGCCUUUCCCAUUUGAAUAACCAAUUCAUCCAUCCAUCGUGAAUUAUAGACAAAGUAUUCUUCCAUUUCAAUUCUGUUAAAAAACUUUGUCCUAUUCUCUGAAAUUGAAAAAUUCAUAGAUUUAUUACUAGUUCAAUUCAAAACUCGUUUAAAUAGCAUUACAUUAUACCACACAGUAUGUAUUAGUGGUAUAACAUUUCUAGAGAGAGAGAGAGAGAGAGAGAGAGAGAGAGAGAGAGAGAGAGAGAGAGGGCCACAGAUUUAUGAAAACAGCUGUUAUUUUCUGAGCUCGUGAUCACAGUUUGAUCUUAUUUCUUGUCAAGGCAGCGGAGACGGCGCUGAUUUCAGCUAGAUCUGUAUAGAUUCUCAGGAGAUUUCUCGAAUCAGAGAAGUUACUUAUUGUAUUCUGAUUGCCUGACUUGCGAUAUAUACUUGAAGAUAACGUUCGUGGAAAUCGCUCACGAUGUCUUUCAAGAGCAUUUUAAGGGAGAUGAGAGAUGGGAUUGGCAGCAUGUCAAGGCGAGGGGUCGAGGUGAAGCACUGGCGCAGCCAUAAUAGGUCUUUUGUAGCCCCUGAUGUAACUCUUUUGGAGCCAGUAGAGGAGCAAGGGCAGUGGGCAAAUUUACCUCCGGAAUUGCUCUUGGAUAUCAUCAGGAGGGUUGAGGAGAGUGAGACUGCUUGGCCUGCUAGGGCAGUUGUUGUUUCUUGUGCAUCGGUCUGUAGAUCAUGGAGGGAAGUUUCCAAGGAAAUCGUUAAAACCCCCGAGGAAUGUGGGAGAUUGACAUUCCCCAUUUCUUUAAAGCAGCCGGGACCUCGAGAUGCUCCAGUCCAAUGCUUUAUCAAGAGGGAUAGGGCAACUUCUACAUAUCGCCUGUGUUUUGGUCUGACCCCUUCUGAAGACGAGAGUGAUAAAUUAUUGCUGACGGCCAGAAAGAUGAGAAGGGCGACAAUCACGGAUUUCGUAAUUUCUCUGGUUGCUGAUGAUUUUUCUCGAGCCAGCAACACUUAUGUUGGAAAACUUAGAUCCAAUUUCCUGGGUACCAAGUUUACCAUAUAUGACAGCCAGUCUCCAACUGAUGCUGCAAUUCAGCAUAAGAGUCGACACAGUCGAAGAUUUAGUACUAAGCAAGUUUCUCCAAAAUUACCUGCUUAUAACUACAGUGUGGCCACCAUUUCCUAUGAACUCAAUGUUCUCCGCACGAGAGGUCCUAGAAGGAUGCGCUCCACAAUGCUCUCGAUCCCAGUCUCUUCUAUUCAGGAGGGGGGCGUUGCCCCAACCCCGACCUCAUUUCCUCAGUAUAGUGAUGACAACAAGUCUUUAACCCUAAGGGCUUCCAAAGAAAAGGAGCCAGCUAUAUCUUUCAGCUCCCCGAACCUCACAACUUUGCCUGUCCCAACGCCACAUUGUGGGGAGGCGCUCGUUCUGAAAAACAAGGCCCCAAGGUGGCACGAGCAUUUACAGUGCUGGUGUCUGAAUUUCAAAGGCCGUGUAACAGUAGCUUCUGUUAAAAACUUCCAGCUUGUGGCUGCUGUCGACCCUUCGCUGAACAUUCCUGCUGAAGAACGGGACAAGGUGAUUCUGCAGUUCGGGAAGAUUGGGAAAGACAUUUUCACCAUGGAUUAUCGCUAUCCUCUCUCUGCAUUUCAAGCUUUCGCAAUCUGCUUGAGCAGCUUUGACACCAAACCGGCCUGCGAAUGAUGAGCCGUGAAUGUAUUACGUACGGCAAGAUCAUCGUCUAGCUUGCAGAGGGUGCCAUGACCGGAGAUGCACUAUGCUGCUUUCGAGUUGAGAACCUUUUGCUGUGCAGGUAGUAUUAGUUACUUACUAGUUUAGAAGCUCAGAUGGAAAGAAACACUUGUUCUGAAUCAAUGGAUAUUCAUUUGGGAUUAUAAAAUUUGUUAUGAAUGUUGGCAUCAAUUUGAAAA